AUGGCCUCGAGAUACAGCGCCGCCCGUCCAAAGCGCGCCGGCGAGGCAUAUGCCCGGGCGCAUCAUGCUGAGGCUAGCCCCGACUCCAAGAAAGUAAAGUUCGACGUGCGAAAUCCCUCCGCCUUGGCCAUAGAUGCCGGCGACGACGGUGACGACGGCCCGGACGCAUACCUCGAGGCAGACGCAGAAGUCAUUCGUGGAAGUGCGGCCACCAAGCGAGGGGCUGUAAACAUCGACGGCUAUGACUCAGAUUCAGACCGCGAGGAGAUGGGCGCCAUUCGAACAGAGAAGAAACCCGACAAGAACGUCGAUGAUGUAGACGACAUGUUCGCUGACGAAGACGGCAACGAGAAAGACGACGACGUCGACCAACCCACAGGCAAAAAGAGCAAGGAGGUCCGCUUCUUGGACAACUCGGAAAUCGAAGGCCAGGACCUGAGAUCCAAGGGCGGCGGUACCGUCCGCUUAGACGAGGAAUCUGACGACGACGAAGACGAGGAGGCCAUUGCACUCGCCAUACAAGAGGAGGACAUCGACGAAGAGGUCGGCGCCGGUGGCUUGAAGAAACAUGCCCCCAAGGUCGAGGCAUUCAACUUGAGAUCCGAGGAGGAGGAAGGUCGUUUCGACGAGUCUGGCAACUUCGUGCGAAAAGCAGCCGACAAAGAUGCGCAACACGACCGCUGGCUCGAAGGUCUCAGCAAGAAGGAGAUGAAGAAGGCUGCCGAGGCCCACGAGAAGCGCGAGGCGGAGAUACGCCAGAAGAUGAGAGAAGACGACAACAUCUUGACCUCGGACCUCCUCAAGCGAUUGAUCAUUCGCCUGGAACCUACCGAAACAGCCCUGGAGGCUCUGGCAAGGCUCGGAAAGGGGCAGACCAAGACCAAGAGGGUCCCCAAGUGGAAGCAAAAGAAGCAGAAGCAGAAGGACGACGCCAUGGAUGUCGAUGCCGAGAAAGAGGCCGAGGACCCCGAACAAGCUCGUAUCAAGGACGCGAUCAACGCUAUCACCGAUGCCGCCGACAAGUUGCUCGCCAGGGAGCGCCCAGACAUCUAUGAUCGAGAACGAGAGGUUCUGGUUCGAGAAUGGAGCAAGGAGACCCAAGAGCGCUGGGUCGAGCCAGAGCCGGAAAGGGAGGCUGAGCCUACGAAAAAGAUGUGGGAGUACAGAUGGACGGAUGGUAGAGACGACGCCGCCAAGCAGGGACCCUACGACGGCCCAACCAUGAAGGCGUGGCAGGACGCUGGCUACUUCGGAGAGGGCAUUGAGUUUAGACAGCUUGGCGAUGAGGCAUGGUCGAGAGUUGUCAGCUUUGUAUGA